CAGGCUCUGCCAGGCAUCAAGGUCAGGACCCUGGGGAUGACUGAGGGCCCCAUCCCCAACCCCACCCUUACUUCGUCAGAACGCGGUUCAGCCCCUGCUGUCAAGCCAGGGAAGCCCCAGACCUGGAGGCCGGAUGUGACGCCACUGACGUGCGCCCUGCGUGGUCUGAGAGAAGGGAGAGGCUUCCUUCUGAGGGGCGGCUUGAUAUCGGUGGAGGGAAGUGGGCUCAGGCUCUGUGAGGAAUCCAGGGUCCCAGAGGACAGGCUGACCAGGAGGACAGGAGCCCCAAGAAGCCCCAGGGCAGCACUGAAGAAGACCUGCCUGUGGGUCUCAGUCGCCCAGCUCCUGCCCACAGUCCCAACUGCUGCCCUGACCAGAGUCAUCAUGGCUCUUGAGCAGAAGAGUCUGCACAGCAAGCCUGAUGAAGACCUUGAAGCCCAACGGGAGGACCUGGGCCUGGUGGGGACACAGGAUCCCACAGACAAGGAGGAGGAGGAGGUGUCUACUGCUGGGCCAUCAAGUCCUUCCCAGAGUCCUCAGGGAGGCUCCACAGACUCCCUGAGGAGUCUCUGGAGCCAAUUCAAUGAGGGCUCCAGCAGUCAACAAGAGGAAGGGCCAAGCACCUGGGUCGACCUAGCUCACCUGGAGUCCUUAUUCCAAGAAGCAGUGAAAUCUAAGGUGGCCGAGUUGGUUCAUCUCCUGCUCCACAAAUAUGAAGUCAAGGAGCCGGUCACAGAGGCAGAAAUGCUGGAGAGUGUCAUCCAGAAUUACGAGCACUACUUUCCUGUGAUCUUCGGCAAAGCCUCCGAGUUCAUGCAGCUGAUCUUUGGAGUUGAAGUGAAGGAGGUGGACCCCGUCAGCCACUCCUACAUCCUUGUCCCUGCUCUUGGCCUCUCAUGUGAUAGCAUGCUGGGUGAUGGUCAUAGCAUGCCCAAGGUCGCCCUCCUGAUCGUUGUCCUGGGUGUGAUCUUAGCCAAAGACAACUGCGCCCCUGAAGAGGUUAUCUGGGAAGCAUUGAGUGCGAUGGGGGUGCAUGUUGGGAUGGAGCACACUUUCUAUGGGGAGCCCAGGAAGCUGCUCACCCAAGACUGGGUGCAGGAAAACUUUCUGGAGUACCGCCAGGUGCCCGGCAGUGAUCCUGAGCGCUACGAGUUCCUGUGGGGUUCAAAGGCCUACGCUGAAACCAGCUAUGAGGAAGUCAUAGAUUAUUUGGUCAUGAUCAAUGCAAGAGAUCCCAUCUGCUACCCAUCCCUGUAUGAAGAGGUUUUGGGAGAGGAGCAAGAGGGAGUCUGAGUACCAGUCGCAGCCAGGGCCAAUGUCUGUGGGGCCAGGGCCACACCCAGCAGUUGUCCUGCCCCAUGUGACAUGAGACCCAUUCUUCACUCUCUGUUGGAAGAUUGCAGUCGCUGUUGUCAGUGGCAGUGGGUGGAAGUGAACACACUGUAUACCAUCUCUGGGUUCCUUGCCUAUUGGGUGAUUUGGAAAUUUAUCUUUGCUCCCUUUUGGAAUUCUUCAAAUGUUGUUUUAAUGGUCAGUUUAAUGAACCUCAGCCAUCGAAGUUAAUGGAUGACAGUUGUCACACAUACUGCUGUUCAGGUUAUUUAGGAGUAAGAUUCUUGCUUUUGAUUCCCAUGGGGAAAUCCACGUUAUUUUGUGAAUUUGGACAAGAUAACUAGCAGAUGAAUUAAUAAUUUGUUUUUAGGAACUUGAACUUAGCAGCAAAAUAGAGCUCAUAAAGAAGUGAGGAAAUGAAAGUAUAGUUAAUUCUUGCCUUAUACCUCUUUCCCUCCCCUGUAAAAUUAAAAUAGACACAUGUACACCUGGAUUCCCUUGGCUUCUUUGAGAACGUAAGAGAAAAAAAACUGAAUAAAUAAUUUUUCCUGUU